AGCCCCUCAAAAUGGCAAAGCAAACCACCAAAGAACAGAAAAAGGAAAAGAUCCUCACGCUAUUCAAUCCAACCGCAGUGUACAACAUCAAGGAGCUAGAAAAACUGUCAUCUAAGCUAGGCGUACGUUCCAACCUCGUUAAAGACCUAAUAACGGAGCUAUCAAACGAUAAUAUGAUUACAUCGGACAAGAUUGGCAUAUCAACGUAUUACUGGCAGAUACCGCCCAACAGCUCAACCGAGUACAAGCGGAUCGCCAACCAGCUGAACAUCAAGGAGCACGAUAGGCAGCGGCUAGUGCAGCAGAAGCAGCAGCUUGAGAGCGAAAGAUGCGACGGCAAGAGGGUGCAUAUGAUUGGGGAGUAUAGGGAGCUGAGCGCGCUUGAAGAUGUGCCGUUCAGUUUGGAGCAGUACAGGACCGCUAAGGCGGUUGUUGAUGAAAUUAGAGAUGGCGUGAAUCGGGUAACUGAGGAUGUGUACGUUUUGAGAAGGUUUGUGUGCGAUACCUAUGGGAUGGAUGGAAAUGAUUUUAAUCGUAGCUUUGGGAUUGGCAAUGAUUUUGAUCUGCUGGACUGAGUUUGAUCGUAGCUUUGGGAUUGGCGAUGAUUUUGAUCUGCUGGACUGAGUUUGACCGUAGCUUUGGGAUUGGCAAUGAUUUUGACCGUAGCUGUGUGUUUGGAACUGCUGUUCACGGUAUGGUAUGAUCAGCACGAGAGCAUCAACGAUGCAGGAUCAUCCGUAAGACCAUUAGAGUAGAGCACGGUCAGCUAACGGUGUAAUACGUGUUACAUUGUUCGGCAACAGCAUGAUGUGCUCACUACACCAUAACAUGCCCUGUUAUCGUUUACAAGUUACGCUCUCGUACUCACACCGUAAUUUGUUAUUUAAACGACCGUACCUUGUCCAACGCCCCUUCCAUCCAGAUUGCCACGUUGGUACGGUCCCUACGAACCACCAACGAACACCGUUCUGAAGCGAAGAGCAGCUGCCUGAGCAAAAUGUGUUAUUUAACGCUGACAGGAGGAGGCAGCAAUUUCACCCGUACCGAUGCACCCCUAAAGAUGGUAAACGCUUUAAAUUAAAGGUAAUUAAUUGCUAA